CCCGCGUCACAGCACACACCUUCAAGCUUCCGAGUCACAUUGUACUUGAGCUAACAGCUUCUUCUUGCUCGCGGUUAGCUCAAUCAAGUGACAUGGGGAGCCUUGACACCAACCCUGCCUCGUUCGCCACCUUGGACGCCGACGUCGACGGCUUCCAGCCGCUCAACCCCGAAGACGUCCGGUCCUACCUACACAAGUCCGUCGACUUCAUCUACGACUACUACAAGUCCGUCGAGUCCCUGCCCGUGCUCCCGGGCGUGGAGCCGGGCUACCUGCUCCGCCUGCUCCAGUCCGCGCCGCCCAACGCCUCCGCGCCCUUCGACAUCGCUAUGAAGGAGCUCCGCGAGGCCGUGGUGCCGGGGAUGACCCACUGGGCCAGCCCCAACUUCUUCGCCUUCUUCCCAUCCACCAACAGCGCCGCGGCCAUUGCCGGAGAGCUCAUCGCCUCCGCGAUGAACACCGUGGGCUUCACGUGGCAGGCGGCUCCCGCGGCCACUGAGCUUGAGGUGCUGGCGCUCGACUGGCUCGCGCAGCUCCUGCGCCUGCCCACGAGCUUCAUGAACCGCACCAGCGCUGGCCGCGGCACUGGCGGUGGCGUCAUCCUAGGCACGACCAGCGAGGCAAUGCUAGUCACGCUCGUCGCGGCCCGUGACGCUGCUCUGCGCCGGAGCGGGUCCAAUGGCGUGGCCGGGAUCACGCGGCUGACCGUGUACGCCGCCGACCAGACGCACUCCACGUUCUUCAAGGCGUGCAGGCUCGCCGGCUUCGACCCUGCCAACAUCAAGUCGAUCUCCACCGGCCCGGAGACUGACUAUGCUCUCGACCCCGCGAAGCUGCUCGAGAUCAUGCAGGCUGAUGCUGACGCCGGCCUCGUUCCAACCUACAUCUGCGUUACGGUCGGCACCACGUCGUCCAACGCUGUCGACCCUGUAGGCGCUAUCGCCGACGUCGCCGUCCGGUUCAAUGCGUGGGUCCACGUCGAUGCCGCGUAUGCCGGCAGCGCGUGCAUCUGCCCGGAGUUCCGGCACCACCUGGACGGUGUGGAGCGUGUCGACUCCAUCAGCAUGAGCCCUCACAAGUGGCUCAUGACGUGCCUGGACUGCACCUGCCUGUGGGUGCGCGACACGCACAGGCUCACUGACUCGCUGGAGACCAACCCGGAGUACCUCAAGAACGACGCCAGCGAGUCCGGCACCGUCACUGACCUCAAGGACAUGCAGGUCGGCGUCGGUCGCCGCUUCCGUGGGCUCAAGCUCUGGAUGGUCAUGCGCACGUACGGCGCCGCCAAGCUGCAGGAGCACAUCCGUAGCGACGUCGCCAUGGCCAAGAUGUUCGAGGACUCCGUACGUGCUGAUGACCGGUUCGAUAUCGUCGUGCCGAGGAACUUCGCGCUUGUCUGCUUCAGGAUCAAGCCCCGCGACGCCAUGACGGAGGAUGACGCCGAGGAGGCCAACCGCGAGCUCAUGGAGCGCCUGAACAAGUCCGGGAAGGCGUACCUGGCGCACACGGUGGUUGGUGGUAAGUUCGUGCUGAGGUUCGCGGUGGGGUCGUCGCUGCAGGAGGAGAGGCACGUGCGAAGUGCGUGGGAGCUUAUCAAGAAGAUGACCACUGAGAUCCUGAAAGGGGAGAUGUAAAGCAUGUGUAUUUGAAAAUUUGCUGCAGACGUUGUUUCUGAUUUGUUGCAAGCGUUGUUUUCAAAUGUUGCCAAGAACGUUGCAAUUUUCCAAAUGUUGCAACAUCUAGUCUUCGCAACAUUCGCAAAGACCCUUUGCAACAAAUCAAAACUAUGUUUACAAUAAAUUUCUAGAUUUUCAAUAUUUAACUCAUUUUCACGGAUAUAUUCCCUUAGUGGAUAUGUUCGAAUAAUUGUUGUUAUCCUAUAAGUUGGUGUAAAAUAAAGCGGUACAUGAAUAA